CGUUGUUACUGGCUACCGGUUACCGGCUCUCAAGGUAGGCAAUAACGCGGCUCAUCUCAACGUUGUAUUAUUAGAGAAGUGGGAGCGGGAGGGAGCACGUUAAUAUAUCACGUGCACCUCACGUGUUAUUCCUCUUUACCCACAGCACCACCACCAUUGGAUACCCAUUGCCAGUUGGAUUCUUUUACGCCUCUCGAUGAAUUUACGUUCAUGCACUGCCUCCAGCCUGUCCCUCUCCCCAACGUCUAUUUCCCCCUUCCCUCUUUUUCCCGUUUUGCCCCUACCCUCCGAGGUCGUUUUUGUCAUUUCUAUAUUAUUCCUCCCUACUCUCUGUCUCUAAGCUGUAACCCUCUUUGUUCCGUAGCAAAAUUGUGAAGAAAAAGAAAAAGAAAAAGAAAAAGAAGAAGAAAGAAAAGAAAAGUUCCCUCUGCUGUAACACACGUUUUCAUUUAAAAUGUAGAGAUUGUUUGAGUUAAUUUAAUGGGUUGGGUUAGAAAAAGUAGGUUAGUGGGUGAAACAUGAAAUGUAAGUCAAAGUGAAGCGCGUGCUUAGGGAAUGGGGGUUUUGAGGCAAUGGCGUUUUUUUUUUUUUUUUUUUUUUCCCCUCUUUACUUGGUGGCUAAUUUUCAGCAAUCGUAAAUUGGAAGCUAAAUUCCAUUUCCAAUAAUACCUAUCCAACCUUUUUCUUUUCUCUUUUUCUUUAUCCACCACUUUUUCUUGGCACCUUCCUGCCAAACCACUUCAUUUUUUUUUUUCUUUAAAAUAAAAAAUGAAAACCCACUUAACACUAACUUUCCUCCUAUAUAUAUAAACUCCUUCUGCUCAUUUUCUCAUCCACAAAUCAAUUCCCUCGAAAAAGAAAAAUGGCUUCCUUCACUUUUGUUAUUUCAUCAAUGAUUCGCUUCUUCAUCGCCAUCUCCCUCUUCCAAAUCUCCGCAUCGCGUAUGCUAAGCGAGUUCAUUCCCGACCAAACCCAGUCUCUUAAAUAUCACAAUGGUGUUCUUCUCUCCGGCAAAAUCAGCGUCAAUCUUAUUUGGUAUGGUAAAUUUAAGCCUUCUCAAAAAGCAAUCGUCUCCGAUUUCAUCAGCUCUCUCUCUUCCUCUCGCCCUCAAAUCACCGAACCAUCGGUUUCCACUUGGUGGAAACUAACGGAGAAGUAUUACAAGAAGAAAUCGAGUCCCCUGUUUCUCAAUCUCGGCAAGCAAAUCUUGGAUGAGAAUUACUCGUUGGGGAAAUCACUAACCAACAAAAAAAUCCUUCAACUGGCUUCAAAGGGUGAGCAAAGAAACGCCAUUAAUGUCGUUUUAACAGCUUCUGAUGUGACUGUUGAUGGGUUCUGUAUGAGCCGUUGUGGAACUCAUGGGUUUGGUUCUGCCGUCCGCCGUGGCAGCGCUGGAGUCAAAGGGAAAAAUUAUAAAUUUGCUUACAUUUGGGUUGGAAAUUCCGAGACGCAAUGUCCUGGACAUUGUGCUUGGCCAUUUCAUCAGCCGAUGUACGGACCUCAAUCGCCACCAUUGAUUGCGCCUAACGGCGAUAUGGGAAUGGACGGAAUGAUUAUUAACCUUGCUAGUCUUUUGGCUGGAACUGCUACCAAUCCGUUUGGUAACGGUUAUUAUCAAGGUCCGGCGGAGGCGCCAUUAGAGGCGGCGUCUGCUUGUACUGGGGUUUAUGGGAAAGGGGCUUACCCUGGUUACGCCGGGGAGUUGUUGACGGAUUCAGUCACCGGCGGAAGCUAUAAUGCCAACGGCGGUAAUGGACGGAAAUACUUGCUUCCGGCUUUGUAUGAUCCUGCUACAUCGGCUUGUUCCACUUUAGUUUAAGAAAAAUUUUGUAAUGUAAAAUGAAAAACAUGGGAUUUAGGAGGAGAGGAUAUGGUAGGGAGGAGAUGGGAUGUUACUAAAUAUGAAAUUCGUUGAUUUCUUCAUUUGUUUUUAGGUUAUGUUAUGAUAUGCGGAUUAAUGAUAUGAAUGGCAAAUAUGUUUUGUUUGCUUUUCAGAA